AUGAUCGGGGCCUUUAGCUCCUUCUUGGAGCACUUUCUCCAGCGCUUUCCAGGGAAGCUGGGGCGGGGGUGCCAGCCCUUAGACGCCGCAGGCACCGCGCUCCGCCUCCACUGUCGCCCUCCCCUGCGGUCCGGCUGGGACUUGCGUGUUCUGCUCCGGGCCGCCGGGUCCUUUUCCUUCUCCCCAGUUUUACGGGGCGGGGAACAGCCUGCUGAGGGUGACAGGUUCAUCCACGAGCGGGACCUGGCCUUGCUGCAGCGGGCAGACUUGAUCGUGGCGGAAGUGACCCAGCCGUCCUUGGGUGUAGGCUAUGAGGUGGGCCGGGCCAUGGCCCUCAAUAAGCGAAUCCUGUGCCUGUCCCGCCUGGAGUCUGGCCGAGUGCUCUCAGCCAUGAUCCGCGGAGCAGCAGACGGCUGCCGGUUCCAGGUGUGGGACUACGAAGUGGGAGAGGUGGAGGUCAUGCUGGACCGAUACUUUGCAGCGAAUCCUCUUGAGCAGGUGGCUUCCUCCCUUGACCCAACCACUUGA